AUCCCACUGAUUUUACACCUGUUUCUUUAACUAUCUGUCUCUUUUCCCAGCUGUCUUCGCCGGUUAUUUUUAGGUUAAAAUUCUAAAAUAAAUUCAAGAAACGAACAGUGGUACCUACUUUGUUAUUUCAUUGUACUUCCAUUGUUUACACAGGGUUAUGAAACAAUAAAGGAAGUAUCUUCUGCCGCCUGAAGAGCGUCAGAAUAUAUUAAACCAUGUCAGGUGACGUACAACCAAGAAAACGUAAAGAUAAAAAGAAAAAGAAAGAUGAACUAGGUGUAGAGGACCCUCGCGGAACGGCAGCUGCGCUAGGAGAUGGAGAUGUAUUUAUACACUCUCAGCAAGACCAUGGCACAGGCGGACAUUGGUGUGCAAAGAUCAUAUUCUUCUCCCUCUUGGCUGUACUGAUCACUCUAAUUGGAUUGAUUAUACUAGAAAAUAGAGGACUGACUGAAUUGGAGGCAAAUGCAGUGGAGUCGCGAUAUUCUGGUGUUCUGGAAGGCUGGCUAGAAGACACGCCAGAUGAUGACCAUCAUGAUGCACAUACAUUAGAUUUAAAACAUCAUGAAGAUGAGGGUGACGACGAACAUGAUAUUGAAGAAUCAAACCAUGAAGAUGAGGAAGAUCAUGAUGACGAAGAAGAUCAAGAAUCAGAUCAUGAAGAUGAAGAAGAUCACGAUGGAGAAGAAGAUCAAGAAUCAGAGCAUGAUGAUGAAGAAGAUCAUGACGAGGAAGAAGACUCUCGUGAAAACAUAGAGCAAGAUGAUGACGAAGAUGAAUCACAAGAGGAAAAUACUCAAGACGAUGAAGAUGAAGAAGAAAACGCUCCAAGAAAUGAAGAACAAGAUGCUGACAAUGAUGAUAAUCAAAGUGAAGAGAAUUUACAACAAGAUGAUAACGAGGAGGUUGAAGAAAGGGUUUCUUACAAACGAUAUAAUUAUAAUGAAGACGAUGAUGAGGAUGAUGAGGAUGAUCGUGACCAAAAUAAUGAUGGUGAUGAUGAUGAUGACGAUGAAUAUGAACAAAAUGAAGAUCAAAAUGCUGGAGAUGAUGACGAUGAGUAUAAACAAAAUGAAGAUCAAAAUGCAGGAGAUGAUGACGAUGAGGAUGAUUAUGAACAAAAUAAAGAACAGAAUGAUGAAGAUGAUGAUGAAAAAGAAAAUUUGCACGAUAAUGAAAGCAAUGAGAAUGAGGACCAAAAUGAUAAUUUAAGUGUUGAAGAUAAAUAUAGCGAUAAAUAUGAUAUUGCUGAUGGUAGUGAUGAACUACAAAAUGAAGAUCGCGACCACAGUAAUGAAAUAUUACAAGAUGAUAAGAAUUAUAGCAAUGAACAGGAUGCAGAAGAACAAGAAGACACGAAAGAGGACGAAGAUGACGAAGAAGUAGAGAAAAUAGAAAAAGAAGUAGUUUAUGACAAUGAAUACGAUCAAGAGACAUCAAAGGAAGAUGAGCCCGAAGAAAAUGAUGAUGAUGAAGACGACCUCCAGGGUCAGGAGGAAGACGACGAACCCCCACUCGAACGUAUUACAUCGCCGCCAGUAGGAAAACCUUUUGUAGAGAUAGAAGAGGAAGUUAUUGAAAAGCCUAUAAACACCUUAGCCGAAGAAGAAGAGUAUGAGAAACAGCAAGAGCAACUUCGCAAGGAAGAAGAGGAGGCAGCUCAAGGAUCCCAAAUAUGGCUGAAGCUGGCGGUGGGCGGCGCGCUGCUCGUCGCCACGCACGCCGUCUUGCGCCGCGCCACGGCCCCCAGGGAUAUACCUGAACCCGAAGAAGAGCAUGAUAGAGAAGAAACUCCUAUAGUUGAUCGACGCAUGACUCUCGUUCCCGAACAAUCGUCGCCAAGAUUGCUACAGGAAAUUCCAGUAACACAAACUAGUCGUGAAGUUGACGAACAAAUUUUCAAGAAACCUUUCCCAGUCACUAAGUCUUCACCUAUCGUGAAACAAGACAGUGAAAAGGAAGUAAUUGUAAAGAAAGUAACAGUUGAAGAGAAAACGCCGGUAGUCGAUACAAAAGAUGAAGAAAAAGAGCUAUACAGUGACGAAGAAGUUGAAGACGAAGAAGAAGAAGAGGAAGAAGAUAUUGAGGAACCAGUAAAAGAAACCAUUCAAAAGAAAGCAGCCCCAAUAGUUGAACAAAAAUCUGCCGAGGACUCUGAGCCUGAGGACGUCGAAAUAAUAGACGAGGAACAAGUUGACGAGGAACUGGAGGAAGAAGACGAAGAUGAAGAAGAAAUAUCAGAUGUGGAUGACACAGAACUGUUGAGUCGAUUGGAAGCCAAAUACGGCCGUUUACCGGAACCUGAAAGAUUUGGACAGAAACCAGACAAAUUAGAACAGAACUUCGGCAGAUUUGGACAGAAACAUAAAGACGGUGGUAACAGCAUAGAAGAUGACUGGCCCGGCGAGCCCAGUGACGAGUACUGGCGCACAGAACUCAACGUCGCCGAGGAAGAACUCCGCCAAGGCGCGUGGAGUGCGUGCGAGCAGCGCGCCGGUGCGCCCGCGCUGGACAGCAGUGCGCGCGCGCGCUGGCUCACGGCGCGGGCGCUCGACCUCACCGCCGAGGCCCGCCGCGACAACCGGCUGCUGACCCGCGCCAUCGCCGCCUACCUGCAUCUGCUCAAAAUGAACGAGCGCCUCUCGGAUAAGAAACUCCUGGAAGUCGCCCAAAGAACCAUUGAUAGAAUCCAGUUCAGAGGUACGUACCUAAGCGCCGAACCGAUUUAUAGACUCUUGAUUAGAAGGUUCCCCGACAAUGUGCACUAUCGGAAUAACUUGACGGUCUCUUUUUUAAUGGCUAACAGAGCAGAUUUAGCAGAUGAAGUUUUAAAGGAAACGCUACGCCUUUGGCCCGACGACCGUAUAGCGCUGGCUCAUCAUGGAUUUGUAUUAAAGACUAAAUACAAUAAAUUAGAAGAAGCUGUGACAGUUUUAUACAAGGCGCUAGAAGGAGACACCGGAGCCGCGAACGAGCCUCGCUUCUACUACCAUUUGGGGGACGCUCUAUUGCUUCUGGGCAGAUUUGAAGAAGCUCACGAAGUCCACAAACGCGGGGCGGCGUUAGGACACUUUUUAUCGCCUUCGCAACGCUCGUUGUACAAUGUGCCGCGAUUGAGAGGUCGUCCGUGGUGGCCGGUUGAGGAGACUCCGUAUGUAAAACUGGCUCGAGCCCUGGAAAAGUCGUGGCGGGAUAUUUUAAAAGAGGGCGAGGCGGCGAAAGCUUUGUACGAGAAAGAGAAGGAAGGUUUGAAGGAGCGCGGUGAUUGGUCGCAGCUGGAUCUGUUCGUCCGAGGGGGGGAGAUUCCGGGGCGAUGUGCGCGCGCGCCGGUCACUUGUGGCAUAGUGCGCGCGGAGGCGGCGGCGGCCGGUUGUCGGCGCGGACAGGUGAAGUUCAGCGCGAUGGCGGCCGGCACGCACGUGCGCCCGCACGUCGGCCCGACCAACUGUCGGCUGCGGAUGCACUUGGGCCUUAGCAACACCAAAGAUACUUACAUACGAGUGGACAAGGAUAUUAAACAAUGGCAGACAGGCAAGACAUUCAUAUUCGACGACAGCUUCGAGCACGAGGUAUGGCACAACGGCACCGGCUCUCGUCUGGUGCUGAUCGUAGACGUGUGGCAUCCUGAGCUGACAGCCAAAGAGAGGCGCACUUUGCCUGCUAUAUAAACGCCUAUUUUUGACCCCCGACGCAAAAAGAGGGGUGUUAUAAGUUAAACGUGUCAGUCUGUCUGUGGCCAUAACUCCCGAACAGAUGAAGCGGUUUCAAUUUGGCUUUUUUUUUUGUAUGAAAGGUGUCUUAUGUGCGAGUGUUUUUAGACAUGUUUGAUAAAAAUCAGUUGAGCCGUUUUAAAAGUUUGGGAGUUUUUCAAAAUUUCAAAUUUUAUGUUAUGGACAUUUUGGCAUAUGCCUCGUCCAACUUUUUCCACUCUUUUCAAUCCCGUACAGCCUCUACUGCCCUUCGCCUGUGAUAAUACAUUCUGUACUAUAUAUAAUUAAAGAAACUUCAUAAAGUACAUAUGUGUAAAAUUUUAAAAUUCAGAAUAAAGUUCUUAUAAUAUUUAAGACCUUAAAUGAAUUCUGAUAGCGUCGUCCGCAUUUUGUCCUAUCGAAUCAAGAAACUAUACAAAAUGUAUGUAGGAGUAGGCUGUAUAGUUACCGAUCUUUGCCUGUUGUGUGGACAAGUUAGAAAAAAAAAAGUGAUAAAAAAAAUAGUGUACUUCACUAUUGCGAUGAAUGAUCAAAUAUUCAAAUUGUAACUUUGUGAUAUCCACAUUAAUAAUUGUAGAUAGGGUUUUGUCCGGUAAAUUACCUGUAAAGCUGUUUAUUUUUGUUAGUAUGGAAUAAUUAUAAGCAUUAAUGUAAUCAUACGACUUUGCCUACUUUGAUUCCGAUAAAUCACAAAACCCAUUACUACAUACUUCCAUUUCAUCUCCCUAGUGCCUGACAUUAAUAUUAAUAUCACAAUUUUUUAUUAAUCCUGUGUAUAUAAAUUUAAAAAAUGUAUUUAUAAAAAUCAAUUAUAUAAAUAAAUGGCAUUGUAUUAUAUUCACGAGAAAAUGUAAUAAAUUAUGCAUAAUUGUGUUUCUUUUCAAUAUUAGCUGCACAAAAAAGACUAUGCUAAUAGAAAAAUUCAAAUGUUUAUAAAAUUCUUUGUACAGCGUCUAUUGAAAUGGAUGAAAUGAUCUGAUAUUCUGCAUUUCCUCUGUUAAUCCCUGUUUUGUAUUUUGCUCUAUGAAUGUUAUUUUUUACAUGUUUUGUUAGUAAUAAAAAAGUUACAACGCUCGGAAA